AAGUAAAGUGAAGAAUUAUAACAGUUACAAUGAAAAGUAAAGUACUUCAAAAAAUCUAAAAACAAGAAGUGGAACUCAUUCGCUUGGACUCAAUGACUCAUAUAAGAGUCAUACACCCUAGAGGCGUUUGUUCUAUGCCAAUGCUCACACAUACACAGGAAUACGGAGUCGUUCUUUUCUCGGAAAGCAUCGGGCCUCAUGUGCCCGUUCGUUGCCCUUCGGCUAUCAACAAACCAUCGUGCAACGGUAUCGUACGCUUCAUUCGGCAGUUCGACGUUGCGUAGGCAGGACCGCGCUUGCCGUCGGUUUGUUUAUAUCCAAGCAAGUGCCCUACCAUAAGAACAUAAGAAGAGGACAUUAUCAGAGCUAUACAGACACAUCAACAUACGGCGAGAGCGUUCGAAAAGAGAGUAAUAAAAACCGUGCAAAACUUUCUUCUGCAAACCAAUUGUUGAAAAUGUGAGCAAAGGCAACGCGAGGCGAUAAUUAUUUCUUUCGCGAUGGAGGUGACAAAUCUUUUCCGGUGCUAGAGCGAUAGUCUAUGCUUUACGUAAGAGGAAUUUCUGGAAGAUUACUCCCUUCUGAGUGAGGAUUGCACGGGAAGCAAGGUGGAAAAAUUCGCUACCGCCAGACACGGGACCAUGGCAGAAGAUUUAUCGAUCAAUAAAAAUAAGAUCUGUUCUUCGCGCUACAACAACAACGACAUCUGUCGGUUGUGCUUGAAGAAUGAGGCCCAUAUGGAGCCGCUAUUUUACGCGAAUCUAUUUCCGAACAUUCUGCUCACCAAGAAGAUUUACGAUUGCACAUCGAUACAGAUUAUUUACGAGCGCAACCUGCCGAUGUUCGUUUGCAAACUUUGCGCCAACAAGCUAGAUGAGUAUAUUCGAUUUCGGGAGCGCUGUGUAGCAAACGAUGAAUUUCUGCGGAAUGCUUUAGCGUUUUUCGAUGCGGGCCAAAAUAGUAUUAAAGCAGAGCUGGAUGAAAUAAAACAGGAACAAGUAGCUGUUCCUGUUUCGAUAACCCAGCAUGCUGUUGCCGUUCCGAUAGAUUUUCGUCAGGUGAAGAAAGCCCCGGAAUCCGAUUUGUACGAACAAGACAUCGAUGAAGAUCAUUCAGAUCAACGGUUCUCCUGUGAAGUUUGUGAUUUUCACGGCGACGAUGAUAACGCACUGCAAGAGCAUAGAAAACAGCACGAAGAAAAGUCUUUCGCCUGCACAAUGUGUCCUAAAACGUUCAAAAUACGCCAACAUCUGUUGAUCCAUAGUCAUACGCAUGUCGAACUACAGCAGGAACGACUGGAGCAAACAGGCGAUAAUACAAAGCCAACAUACAGCUGCACAAAGUGUACCAAAGUGUUUAUCAAUAGAGGCAACCUGCUGAAUCACGCGGUAGAGUGUCACGGCAAUGUGAAGAAUUUUUCUUGUGAAAUCUGCUCGAAAUCCUUCAAGUACAACGUUCAGCUGAGGAUUCAUAUGCGGACUCACUCCGGAGAACGUCCGCACACGUGCGAGAUUUGUCACCGAGGGUUCUCUCAGUUAUCGAAUCUACGAUCCCACCGAAAGGUUCACUCAAAAGUUAAACCGUACAAAUGUCAGCUAUGUCUGAAGAGUUUCACCAUGCUGGACAACCUUACGGCGCACAGCUUGAAGUGCGUCAAAGACAAAUAUCGAUGCACGCUGUGUGCGAAAUCGUUUGCCAAAGAAGGGAACCUAAUUUCCCACCUACAGUGCCAUAGCGAAGGAGUUGUGGAGAAGAAUUUCAAGUGCGAAAUGUGCCCGAAAAGUUUUCGCAACAAGGAAGAUUGGAAACGGCACGUCCGAGUCCAUACGGGUGAAAAGCCAUACGUUUGUGACAUAUGUCAAAAAGGAUUUGCGCAAAAGGCAAACCUUCUAUCUCACCGAAAAACGCAUCUGAAACCCGACGUUAUAUUCAAAUGUGAGAGAUGCGAGAAGAUCUGUCGAACUCAGAAGUUGCUGGAAAUGCACGUACUGAAGUGUGGCCUAGUGGAAUCGCCACCUGCUUCGGUGGUGGCGGUUCAGGUGCCCACGCCAACGCCACCCUCACCAAUGGUUACGCCUCCCCCAGCUCCGCUAACGCCCACCCUGGAAGUCUUGUCCGAUUUACUUCGGUAUGAGAUAGCCAUGCGAACGCCGACCAAGUUGCAGGAAAUGCUCAUAGCGGCCAUGGACAAAAGGAAAGCCGCGACGGCAACCAUACCGAUUGAGAGCGCUGGCAAUAAGCUGUUAACCGGGCAACCGCCACCAGUCGGAUCGUCAAAUCGCCAUUAUCGGUGCGAGGUGUGCUUCAAGGUGUACUCUCAGUAUCCCAGCUUGGUGAAGCAUCGGAAGGUGCACCAGAAGUCACCGAGGUCGAGAUCGCAAUCCGCCGAAGCCGAUGAUCGGCCGUACUACUGUGAUAUCUGCGGGAAGAAUUUCAAAUUCAAUCGAAAUUUGAAGGUUCACAUGAAGCUGCAUACCAAAGCGAACGGGUUCUUCAAGUGUGACAAGUGCAGCAGUACGUUUGAGGCGGCCGAUCAGCUCAAGAAUCACCUGCUAGAGCACCCGAUCGAUGUGGAAAAGAUCUUCAACUGCGAGUUCUGUUCCAACACGUUCAAGUCAAACGAGGAUCUCAAACGGCACCGCCGAUCGCACACCGGCGAGCGCCCGUUCCGAUGUGACACCUGCCCGAAGGCGUUCACCCAGCUGUCGAAUCUACGAGCCCACACCAAAAUUCACGAGAAGAAACGCACCGCCUAUGGGUGCAACAUUUGCCUUCUGGAGCUCGACUCGGUGGAGGCCCUAAAUAUGCACCUGAAAACGCACCAGUAUCAGCUGUUUGAGCUGUGCAAAGAAAUGAAACAUUAGAGUCUGUACUAGUUGUUGGCCAUAUUAUACCUUCGCGUAGAAACCUGUGUUAUACCCCCGUAUUAGCCGUACUAUGCAUUAUACCCAUAUAUACACCGGUGUUAUUAAAUAUAUGAAACAUGUACCAAUGUGAUUGUGUUAGCAAAAUAAAUGUUGUUGAAUGGAUGUAGUAUACGUCAGAAGCCAUAGAAACAUACUCGUGUUUUUUCUUUCAGUUCGAACAAAACUUUAUUUCUAAAACUCAAAUUUAGGACAUGCUUAUCCUAUGCACACUAGAGCAUAAGCUCAAUAUCUCUGCAGGGUUCUGUAUAUACAACAUCUCUUUCGGUUAUUUGG